AUGGUAAAGUUGAUAUGCGCGAUCGUUGGCGUGAGCCAAACCGUUUUUUCGGUCCAAGUUCACAAGGAUGACUUGGUGGAUGACUUAAAGAAGGCGAUCAAGGUUGAGAGGAUGUACCAAUUUCCUGCUGAUGAAUUGCAGCUCUUUCCUGCCAAGAUGGAAAUCGGCAAGUGGCUACCCUCGAGUUUGGACGAUGUAAUAAAGCUAGAAGAGGGCAAGAUGACAUCUCGCGUUGUAGAUUUAACGAAAGAAGACCGAAAGCUGCGGGGGCAAGACUAUAUUGCCGAUUUCCUUGAAGGCAUGGAGGACCCAGUAGGGAGACAAAUUCACGUGUUGGUGGUGGUUCCUGAGGAAUUUACGGCACUCGGAAACGAGAGGAAGCGAAGAAAGGCGGAUGAAGAUGCUAAGGACGCUUGGAUGGAUGCAAUUAAGAAUGAGCAGGUUACAGUUUUACCAUUGACCUUAAUUUUUGCGCAUUACACGAUUGGAAGUUGUGCUCGCGCUUUCGACAAGCUAUUUGAGCCUGAGCCACGUACAGACGUUGGGGAUGACACUUCUGCGAUCGUGAGGAAUUUUGUAAAUCCCCCUAGCUGCUAUGAGUCCGAAACCGAACAAACAUACAUUUACCUGUGGGAUAGCCUCAUUGCGACACUGCUGCAGCGUGUGAUAAGAGGGAGCUAUCGUCGCAACACGAAUGCUUCUGCUGCUACUGGCCUCUAUCGACCAGAUUUGUGCUUUUACUAUGGCAGAAGCAAUGUGUGCGUAUUUCGUGGGAAAGAAAAAGCAAGUGGAGUGUUGGACGUGCCGAUUAAGGAAUUGCAUGAGAAACUGAUAUGGAGGUAUGACGAUGCGCCGUACAUUUUUGGCUACGCUGCUGUGGGACUACAAGUGUGCUUGGUAGCUAUUCGAAAAGACGAGAUGACGGAGCGCGGUGCAAAAGCGGAAAUUGUUGAAACAUACGAUUUGGGUGAUCUCAGUAGCCGGCUUUCGUUUUUUCUUGCAUUGCUCAACCUCUCGACUCUUUUCCGACCACUUGUAAAUCUUAUCCAGCCGAUGAACGUACGCGAGUACGGCACUAUCGAACAAGGCAAUGGUGUGCAGAUAUCGUUCGCAGAGGAUUGUGUGGUGAAGACGUAUCCGUCGGAUAUGCCAAGUGACACCAUAAUCCGAAACUUAAAGGAUCUUCAUCGUCGAAUGAAGGAACGUUCGGUCCCGAACGUUGUGCAGCUAAAAAGUGGAAACAUGAAGAAAAAACACGUAACGCUUUCUCCUGUUGGUCGACUAGCUGCACCUGAAAACGUCCACCAGCUCUUGACGGCUUUGCGCGACAUACUGAAGGCGCUAGUGGCACUGCACGCAAUCAAUAUAAUGCAUCGAGACUUGAGAUGGGAAAACGUGCUGAAGUACCAAGAUAAAGAUGACAAGUGGUUUCUGAUUGACUUCGACGACGGAGCGCUGUCACCGUCUGCAACAGUGAAACAUUUGAAGGCAGAAUCGCAUGCUCCUGAAAUACUGUCGUGUCCGUCCCAUACGGUUAAAGUCGACAUUUGGAGCGUCGGCUACCUUUUAGAGACGUCAAACAUUGAUCUUCCGGCCAAGCUGGAGACAAUCAAAGCAAAGUGUUUGCAGGAGAGUCCAGAGAAGAGACCCAAGGCAGUAUCACUCUUGAAGGCAAUUGAAGAGCUAUUAGGAGCUGCAUAA